AUGUGUAUGUGUGGGUGUUUACAGAACAUUACCAAUGAUUUUUGGAAAAAAUAGUAUAUGCCACUUGUGCUUGCUGAGGUAACUCCCACCUUCAUGAAUACAAUCUUUCAUAUCUUAGAAGCAGUGGGUAGCACAAGAGAAAGCAUCACAGCUAGUAGAGAUGGACCAGCAGCAGCAGCAGCAGCAGUGGCAUGAGCAGCUUCGACAACCAUUCUGAACUUAGGAAAAACUUUCUUCAAAUAAAAACAAACAACAAAAACAAAAGCCAAUAGUGGAGCUCUAUCUGUACAAAUAAAUGUAAAUUGAAAGUUUAUUUUUAAUAACUUGCUGCCAACAGAAUAAACUUCAGGAUAUCAGAAAUAAAUGUUCAUACUCAGGGCGGAGGGCUUUAGAUGCAAAAGAAGAAAAAACCUAGAAGCCACAUUUAUAUUGGAACCACUGCUAAGACCUACCUGUUGAGUUAGAACUUCACUCAACAGCCCUCCUUCUCUCAUAUAAUCCAAUUCAUUUCAGACACGACAGAAAUGGAUUACUUGAAAAGAUCUCGUCCUUAUACAAGCCAAAUUCUUUCUGAUGUUAACAGGUACAAAAGUAGCCACGAAGAUAUUACCAGGUACAGAAGUGGCCACGAAGACAUUAACAGGUACAAAAGCAGCCAUGAAGAUAUAACCAGGUACAGAAGUAGCCACGAUGACAGUAAGAGGUACAAAAGUAGCCAUGAAGAUGUAAACAGAUAUAAAAGUAGCCUUGAAGACAGUAACAGGUACAAAAGUAGCCUGGAUGAUACUAACAGGUACAAAAGUGGUCUGGAAGAUACCAACAAGUACAUAAGUAGCUUGGAUGAUACUAACAGGUACAAAAGUAGUCUCGAAGACACCAGCAGGUACAAAAGUAGCCUGGAUGACACCAGCAGGUACAAAAGUAACCUCGAAGACACCAGCAGGUACAAAAGUAGCCUGAAUGAUACUAGCAGGUACAAAAGUAGCCUUGAAGACACCAGCAGGUAUAAAAGUAGCCUGGAUGACACAAGCCGGUACCUAAGUAGCCUGGACGACACCAGCAGGUAUAAAAGUAGCCUAGAUGAUACUAGCAGGUACCUAAGUAGCCUGGACGACACCAGCAGGUAUAAAAGUAGCCUGGAUGAUACUAGCAGGUACCUAAGUAGCCUGGAUGACACCAACAGAUACAAAAGUAGCCUCGAAGACACUACCAGGUACAAAAGUAGCGUUGAAGAUACUACCAGGUACAAAAGUAGCCAUGAAGAUAUUAGCAGGUACAAAAGUAGCAAUGAAAUCGCAUCAAGCCGACGGUCAAAGGUUUCUUACAGCGAUAAUGUUUCGUCAAUGUAUCUCACUGAUCUGGAUUUAACUGAUGCUGGUUCAUAUUCAAGUAAGGCCACAAAUAAAUAUGGGACUACACACACCUCUUCAAGUUUUGACAUUCAAGGAGUGCGUCAUCGACGAAAGAAGAAAGAAGACUUAGAGACUGAAACGCGCUUCAUUACAUAUGAUGGCACCCAAGUUGAUCCACUCUCUCCACCUGUUAUUCUUCUUCCAUUGGUUGAUGAAUAUAGAAAUAUUGGUGAAUCUGUGACCUUCUCUAUCACUGUUCGCAGUCAAUCAGAUGUUGAAGUUACCUGGAGUCACAAUGAGGAUAUCAUCCAGCCUUCGUCUAAGUAUUCAAUAAGUAAAGAACAUGAUGUAUACUAUCUGAGUAUUUCUGAUCUAAAUCCUAAUGAUGCUGGAUGUUGGCGGUGUUUAGCCAUUAAUUACUAUGGCCAGGCCCAAACUGCUUGCGAACUGACUGUCUACAACUAUACACUCGAGAGGUACCGAGCACCGAAAUUUCUUCAAGGACUUCAUAAUAUUGUUGUUUCUGAAGGAGCAAGUGUGAAAUUUAGAUGCAAAAUAAGUGCUCACCCUGAAGGCAAGAUUAUAUGGUUCAAAAACAGACAACCAAUUAAAGAUGAUAAUGUCUACAAAAUAUCUGAAGAAUCAAGUGAGAUCUUUUCCUUGUUCAUCAAUGAAGUUAUUCGAGAGGAUAUUGGCUUCUAUAUGUGCCAAGCUAUCAACCAAGCUGGGUCAUCAUCUUCAGAAGCAAAACUUUCUGUUGAAACACAAGAGAAACCACUAUCUCUAUUGGAGAGAAAUCCAUUGUCUAAAGAACACAGCCAACCUCCUGAAGAUGAUGAAGAAGAGCAACCUAAAUACACCUGCAUGCCAGAAUUCACAACCAAGCUGAAGAACAAACUUGCUCAGGUUGAUAAUCCAAUUCGGCUUUCAUGCUCAGUGUCAGGGGUUCCUGACCCCACUAUACAAUGGUAUAAAAAUGGGGAGAAAAUCCACAAUGGACUGACUUAUGUCAUCAAGAACAGCUCAGGGUUGUUAACCCUUGAUAUUCCUUGUGUAUCAUCUAAAGAUGAAGGGCAAUAUGUGUGUGAAGCAUCAAACAGCCAUGGUACUGUUAGUUGCAGUUCUACAAUUAGUCUACAAGGAUCGAAUAGAAGCCUGUCUAAAAUAUCAGACUAUGAGACUCCAGUCUUCCUUGAUACCCCAUUAUGUUGUACUGCUGCUUGUGGUGAAGAUGCUAUGUUCAAUUGUGUUGCCACUGGUCAUCCAAGCCCUUCAUUUAAAUGGAGCAAAGAUGGAAUUAAUGUCGAAGAUAACAGACGCUGCCAAGUUUUUGUAGAUAAUCAUGGUGGUUGCAGGCUGAUCAUACAUAAGGUAGAAGAAAAUGAUUCAGGUCUUUAUUCAUGUACAGCCCACAAUAGUGCUGGACGGACAACAUGCUCAACACGCUUGCGUAUAGUCGGUGUCAGUGCUACACAUAGUCGUCAAACUUCUCAAGAGAGGUCAUAUAGUCUUCAGAAGUUUGAAAAAGCUCCUGACCUUGAUGUAGCUGACCGUAUGCUAACACCAGGACAACCACCUUAUUUUACAAUGAUGCUCGCUAAAAAAAUUGAGCUAAAUGAAGGUGAAAAACUCCGUCUUGAUUGUUCAAUUGAAGGCAUCCCUUCUCCUGUCAUUACCUGGCAGAAAGGUGUUCGGCAGCUUACAUAUGACGCUCGCCACAGAAUUAUAGCUUAUGGAACCUUGCAGACCCUUGAAAUCCCAGCUGUAAUGAUCACAGAUCGUGGUGAAUAUAUUGUUCGAGCUGCUAAUGUAUUUGGCAUCAUAGAAACUUCCUGUUCGGUUACAGUCAACAAGAAGAGCAAGAAAGGAUAUGAUAGGCAGUACAACAAAAUGAAAGGCUCUGUGUCAAGAAGGAGUGCAAGUACAGAAGAAGACACAACCAAACUGCAGGGUAUUACAGUGAGCCAUGUAACAAUUCCACGAGGAAAAGCUCCAUUCUUCGUAAAACAUUUACCUCAUACAAUCGAUGUUAUUGAAGGCACUGAUGUUCGUCUAGAUUGUGUUGUGAAGACACAGAAACCUGUUCCUCAAAUUGAAGUCACCAGUGACAGGCAAACAAUUGAGGGGGGUGUAAAAAGUGCUUCACAGACGGUGGAGCCUGCUGAGAAAAUGACUCCCAGUCAUGUCUCUGAUUACAAGGUGACCACCUCUGCUGCUGCUGCUCCAUGCAGUGGAGAGGAACGAGAAAUCGAUCCAUCUUUUACUCAGAAAUUUGAUGAUAUUGUAGUUACCGAAGGUGACGAUGCAGUAUUGGAAUGCAAAACCUCUGGAGAAUCAGACGUCAGAUGGUUAAAAGAUGGAGAAGCUCUCAGCUCAAGUGAUCAUAUCACAAUUGUUUGUAAAGGAGGUUUACACCAAUUGCACAUUCACAAAUGUACAGGAGACGAUGAAGCUAUUUAUACAUGUAUCUCUUCAGCUGGUGGAAAAUCUGCUUCUUGCAUGGCAAUGUUGUCUACAAAGAGAAACAGAGAGAGUCUGUUUGACUCCAGUUAUGGUGAAGAUCUCUUCAAGAGGUGGGAGAUACGUCUCUAUGGUGAAAGUUACAGUCGCCCUGAAAGACAUAGUCCCCAAAGAUCCCCUGAAAGGGAAAGAAGGUACAGAUCAUCAAGUCAGGAAUCGGACAGACACUCCAGAUAUAGCAGAUAUUCGGAGAGUCCUUACAACAGGUACCCUAGCUAUGGCGGUGGUUCCAAAGAACGCUACAGCAGAUAUGACCGAUUCCGAAGGUCAGAGUCAUAUGAUCUAUCCCAAAGGUCAGAGUCACAUGACCAAUAUAGACGGUCAGAGUCAUUUGACCUUGGCUCCGAUUACGACGCCAGGUAUGAUGAUAAUUUUAGACGAAACCUAAGAAGAAGAACUAGUGAUAGUGACUAUUCAAUAGACACAGAUGAUGAAACUAAACCCUGGUCAAUGAGAGGCAGACACCAUGAAAAGCGAGAGGAAAAAUAUUCCAAGGAAACUACUGAUCCUACAUCACCAAGACCAUAUGAUGAGCUGGACAGUACUUCAAGAACUACGAGAGAAACUUUAGAGCAAAAGUUACAAGUGAAGGAGACAAAGAGGAUUUCUGAUAAGUCUAUUGAAUCUGUGGAAGAGAAGUAUAGUGCUUUGACAAAAUCCCUUUUUGCUGAUUCUGCUGGUUCUAAAGAAACUACAACUGACAGGACAGAAUAUAUUAGUAGCUCAAAAGAAUAUAAAACAGAUAGUAUUGGUAUGGAGGAAGAUAAGAAACUAGAAUUUCAGGAUGUCUCUUAUGAUUCAAGUCAUCAAAAAUACAAGCUAUCAUAUGAAACGGAGAGUUCGGAUGUUUUUGUAGACACAGAAGUUCCCACUAAGAAAGUAACAGAGACACCUGAGAAGGUAACUGAUGUUCCCACUGAAGUCCCUGAGAAAGCAGCUGAUAUACCAGUUGAAGUACCUGAGAAAGUAGUUGAUGUUCCUGCAGAUGUACCUGAAAAAAUAGUUGAUAUUUCUGUUGAAGUACCUGAAAAAGUAGCUGAUAUACCCAUAGAAGUACCUGAGAAAGUAGCUGAUAUACCUGUUGAAGUACCUGAAAAAAUAGUUGAUAUUUCUGUUGAAGUACCUGAAAAAGUAGCUGAUAUACCCACAGAAGUACCUGAGAAAGUAGCUGAUAUACCUGUUGAAGUACCUGAAAAAAUAGUUGAUAUUUCUGUUGAAGUACCUGAAAAAAUUGUUGAUAUUCCCACAGAGAUCCCUGAGAAAGUAGCUGAUGUUCCCACUGAAGAACCUGAGAAAAUAGUUGAUAUUUCUUUUGAAAUACCUGAAGCAGUUGCUGAAAUUCCUGUAGAGGUACCUGAGAAAGCAGCUGACAUUCCUGUUGAGGUGUUUGAGAAAGUCGCUGAUGUUCCCACAGAAGAACCUGAAAAAGUUGCUGAUGUCCCCACUGAGAAAGCAGCUGAAAUUACUGUUGAAGAACCUGAGAAAGCAGUUGAUAUUUCUUUUGAAAUACCUGAAACAGUAGCUGAUAUUCCCACAGAGCUACCUGAGAAAGUAACUGAUGUUCCUGCUGAAGUACCAGAAAAAGCUCCUGAGGUCUCUACGGAUGUAGCAGAGAAGACAGCUGAUGCUCCCACCAACAUAGCUGAAACUAUAACUGAUGUUCAUGUUGAAGUAAGGGAGGAAAUAUCAGAGGUCUCUACAGAUGUAGCAGAGAAGACAGCCGAUGCUCCCACCGACAUAGCUGAAACAAUAACUGAUGUUCAUUUUGAAGUGAGUGAGGAAAUAUCAGAAGUCUCUACAGAUGUAGCAGAGAAGGUACAUGAUACUCCAAGUGAUAUGCAUGAAACAGUAUCAGAGGUCAUCACGACCGAUUCAUCUGAGAAGAUUACUGAUGUUUCCACUGAGAUAACUGAGGUGUUUGAGGUUACCACUGAGGUAACUGAAAGAAAAUCUGAGAUUUCCACUGAUAUAACUGAAGAGACUACUAGUGUUUCUGCUGAUGUAACUGAGUUAGAAUCUGAUAUAGUUGCAGAUGUAGCUAACAAGGAACCAGAAACUAUUACUGUUAUAUCAGAGACCAUUACAAAUGUAAUUGAGAAAAGAUCCAAUAUUGACACUGAAGAAACAGGAAAAGAAGUAGAUUUUUCCUUUACAGUAUCUGAGGAGAAUGUACAAGUUGGAGAAAAAGGAGAUGUUGGUGUAACUGAAGAAAGGACGGUUGUUGUAGAUAAACAAGACCAGGAACAAUGUUUUAGCAUUGCAGUAUCAGAUGAAAACGUAAAUAUUGUUUCUGAUGUAACAGAAGGACAGGAUGGUAAAGUUCAUAUGACAACAGAAGACCAAGAAAUCACUGUGGAAUUUGAUAGUGAUAAGUUUGGCCAGUUACAGAGUGAAGUAACAGUAGAAGGUGUCAAGGAAAAAACUGAAACAGUCACAGAAUCUUAUGGUGUAGAAACUGAGGUGAAAACAGAAAAGGUGGACAUAAUCAGUGGUGAAGGUACUCAUAUUGAAGUACCUGAUACAAAAGAUGUCAAAGUAGUCGAUGUUCACACCGAAGUACAUCAGCAACAUGGUGGACUUCUCACUGAAGAUGAAGCUAAAGAAGGAGGUGUUCAUGAAGAAGUAUCUUAUCAAAAAACAGAAGUGUAUACUGAGAAAGGAGCUGAUGGGUCUACUAAAACUACUGAAGUAACAUCUACAAUAACUGAGAAAGGAUCUGAAGGGUCUAGUCAAACAACUGAAGUAAUAACCACAACUACUACGAAAACUGUUAAGGGAAAAUAUGAAAGUUCAGAAAUGGAAGGUACUGCAAGUGAAGUCCUCUCCAGUGAAGUACAAGUGGAACAAUUUGAUGACUCAGUUGAAAAAGAAAUACCAAAUGGUGCAGAGUCGGUUCUGGUAGAAGUAAAGACUGGAUUAUCAAUAAGCCCUGAAAGACAACAAACAUUUAGCUUUGAUUUUGUACAAGAUGCUCAGGGGGAAAUGGAGAGUGUUGCUGGAGCUUCUUCUUCCACAGUAGAACAAAGUUUUACCACAGAAACAUUCACAGAAAAUGGAACUGAACGUGAAGUUACUUUGUCACAUGAUAAAGAAGUAAUAAUUGAAGAAUAUGAAACCUUUUCAAUUCCUCCUGGCCAAAAUAUUUUUGUGGAAAAUAAAAGUCAAAUUGAACAACUUUGUGAGUUAAGUGAGGAGAAAAGAAAAGAAAUAAUUGAUAGUUCUGAACGGGAAUUCAGUUUACUAGAGCAGACACCUGAUACUAAGUUAAAGUAUACAACUAAGAGUGAACAGGAAAAUACUGAAUAUGGCCAGUGGGACAUUUCAGAGAAAUUAGUAAAGGAUGGAGUAAUCAACACUGACGAAGCACUCAAUGAGAAAUAUCAGCAGUUAAAUCAGAAAAUAGAAGGCAAACAGAAGGAUCAUGAAAUAAUUAGUGCUAGUGAUGAUUCUCUGACAUUUGAUAAUAAGACAGGUGUAGUAUCUAGUUCCCUUGCUGCUGCUGCUGUUCAUGAAGAGAAACUUGAUACAUCAACAAAAACAGAACUACACCAGUCUGAGGCUACAGGAGAAUAUAGUAACUAUAUAUCUUCAGAUAAAGAGCGUGAAAAACCUCUUAUCACCGACUUGCAAUCAGAUAUUGGAAGUAAAAGCGUUACUGAAAGUCAAGAAGUUGAAGAAAUAAAUAAACAGAGAAUAUCAGAAAUAAGUGAUAUUCAUAAAGAAGAAAUUUCAAGAAAAGAUGUGGAAGAUUUUGCUGAAUCUUUUGUUCAUAAAAUUAUUGAAGAAGAAAUGAAAGAAAAAUCUUCUAGUACUGAUUCAUCCACAUCUAAACUGACCAAAGAUUUAAAAACAGAAACUGGACCUUCUGAUGGUUUGGCUAAAGACAAUGCAUUUGAACAAACUGCAACUAUUGUCAAUGUAGAACCUGAUGAAGAAUUAGGAAAAGUCGCCAAGGAUGUGGAUAAGAAACUGAAACAAGAAUAUACUGUCGAAAUGCCAGUAUCACCUGACCAAAGAAACCUCUCAGUAAAUGAAAAUAUUAGCAAUGAAUCUCAAUCAACUUUUAAAUAUGAAGAAACUAAACUGAUGAAGGAUGAACGCACAGUUCACACUAGCUCACCUGUUAUUGAAGAAAUGGUGUCACCAUUUGAUCAAUCAGAAGAAGUGCAUCGAGGCAUUGUUGAAGAGCCUGAUGAAGAACGUGUUGUUUCAAAGAGUAGUAAAAAGGAGAAUGUAUUUUUCGAUACUAAUGAUUUCGAAUUGAGUAACAUUUGCCAAGAUGUUUCUAAAGAUGAAGUCAAAAAAAUAACUGACACACCCCAGCCUCCUAUAAGCAAAGAUUUUUCUGAUAACCAAGAAUAUACAAAACAAGAAUUGGAUUCAAAUAGGGGUGUACAAAAGGAAGAAACAGAUUACAAAUCUACAGAAGUGAGGGAAAAAUUGGAAUUCAGAGAAUCGCCUAGUGACUCAUCGAGUAAAAAGGCUGCUUUUAUUCACCAUGAGGAUAGUUGUGAAUUUGGCUUUGAUUCAGAGACUGCUUCAACUGACGAUGCUGCUGAUACACAGUUUUCUAGCUCUAAGAGUAGGUUAAUGUAUUCCAGGAGGACUGUUCAGUCAUCAGAUCUUGAUAAUAAAGGUUAUGAAAGAUCUUUUGAUGAAGUGUCUGGUGUUUCCAGUACGGAUGAUCUGGAAAUGAAUGAAGAUGCUUCUGCAUCUAAAUUCUACAGACGAAGAACUUUUCAGAGACAAAAUACAGAUGAUCAACUAGAGGAAGACCAAUGCUAUACUGAAAGACCUUUUGAAUCAUGGAGCACUUCUGAACAUUAUGAAACUGGUAGGAAAUCUUACAAACUAGGAGGAAAUAUUGGAAAAGAAGAUUUACCGUCAGAAAGUGAUGGAGUAUGGACAAGGAAACCAAUAUUUUCUGAGGAUUCCUUAUCUUAUGUCUCUGAACAGGCAAGUAUCUCCAGUGAAUCUUUCCGGGGUAUUGAUACAGAGUCGAAUAGAACAAGUUCCUUAGAAAGACAGUUGUCCGAGGAUGAAACUUUCUUCCUAAGACAAACUUCUAUAGAUUCAGAUCGACUAAAUUACCAGUUUCCUGAUGAUGUAAAUAUCUCUCAAAGACAAAAAUUUGAUCCAGAAGAAUUUUUUUAUCGGCAAAUUUCAGAAGAUGCUGCAUAUGAUAAACAGACUUCAAAGGAAAGACAUUCUGAUCAAAGACAAAUUUCAGAAGACACAUCUUACCAAAGACAGAGUUCAGAAGAUGCGGGUAUAAGGAAGAAACAAGAGGUUAAAGAUAUUGAGCAUCAGUCAUCUGAAAGUUCUGAGCCUAGUGACAGUCAGACCAGACAUCUUCAUAGAGAGAGCGAGGAUUACAGUGUAGUUACUAAAAAAGAAUAUGAAGCAGAUGGAGAAGAAGAAAUUGAUGAAUCUCACAGAACAAAGCAUUUAGAUACUGCUGAACAAAGUGUAACUGAAAAAUCAGAAACAAUAACAACAACUGAAAAAUCAGUGAAAGAAUCAAGUCAAAUUACUACAAGUACAGAAUCUAGUGAACACUCAAAAACAACUACCGAGGGCGGCCAGAGUCCUGAACAACAAAGUUCUAGAAAAUCCAAAAGUCAAUCACCUAGUCAAGUUGUUGCGAGCUCAGAAUCUACUGAACGCUCAAAGAAAACUACUGAGGGCAGUCGAAGUCCUGAACAACCAAGUUCCAGAAAAUCCAAAAGUCAAUCACCCAUGCCUCAAGAUGCAUAUCAGAUUGAACAGUUAUUAAGAGCAGCUCGUAUCAAAUCACCUACCAUGGAAGAAAUAUUAAAAGACAGACAAUUUCCUCCAGUAUUUGUGAAGGAACUCCCCAGACUUUUGGAGGCUAAGAUUGGUGAAGAUGCAAAAAUGACUUGUGUUAUACGCUACAUUGUUAAAGUUGAAUGGAAGAAAAUGGGCAAAAAGAUUGAAAAGGACAAACGUAGACGAAUGAUCACUGAUGACAGUGGAAAUUUGACCCUACAUAUAAAAAAUGUCCAAAACAGUGACUCAGGAAUUUAUUCAUGUAUAGCAACUGAAAGUGAUGGAACUAUCACAGAAACACAAUGUGUACUCAUAGUACGAGGAAAAAAAGAAUAAUGCAGCUAUAAUACAUCAUGGUUUGAAAGUUAUAAAUUUCAAUUUGGAUUAUUUCCCUUCUAUAUAUAUAAAUAUAUAUAUAUUCUACCAUUCAGUUGUUCAAAGUAAUUUGCUUUCCAUUUAAACCUUACUCUGAUUUUUUUCUUUUUUUUUUUUCAAACAUUUUCUGAUUAAAAAUUUUAAAA